AUGACUGAGGUCGGGCCUGCCGACCGCUCCAGGCUUUUGCGAUCUAAACGCGAUGAAUUUAACGAUACCAAAUUCGAGGUGUUGAUAAUUUUUAGUUCAAUUGUAACGUCGAGAAAGCGGAAGCUUCGCCAGCUCUUUGCUGUCGCGACCGAUGGCGAUGCACUCCCCACAAACGCUUUUGCAAAGCCCGACGCGCCACCCUUCACAACAGCCGAAAAUCAGUUCUUGCAAAGCAGCGAUAUUUCCCAAGGACGGAAGCUGAAUGAGCUGGCUAUUCCCCAACGACCUCAACUGCGCUACGAUGUCUUGAAAAACUCCCUCGACACAUCUGGCCUCUUCGCACCAGAUGCCGAGCCUACUCCUCCACCGAAGCAAGCUGCUGUCGCCGAACCGCAAGCGAAACCCAUCCCCGCGCCGUCGCAACAGCAGCCUCCGGCUGCGCCCACCGAAUCGAAUGGCGUUCCCCCGUCCAUUCGACCACCAACCGGCCUUGCUGCUCUGCCACCAAAGCCUCCGACUCCCGUCUCAGCGAUCCCAACUUCAAAUCGACCCGAAGCUGUAAAGCCGCCUGCUACCGCCGCUCCGACACCUCCGCCAGCCCCGCCGGCUGUUGUAUCCAAGGACCCUUCUCAUGCGUCGCGUCAGGAUGCUAGUGAUCCGGUGGAUGGCGACAACUCGGAGAAGGCCGCCCCGUCGCCUGUAAGGGACGAGCCGAAAUCCACGUCGAAGGCCGCCCCGUUGCCUGUAAGGGACGAGCCGAAAUCCACGUCGAAGGAGGUCGAGUCUGCGUCGCCUGUUGAUGCGCCCAAAACGUCGACGGAUUUACCAGUUCCUCAGUCUCCAGCACCACAACCGCCCGCCCAGCAGGGACCCAAGAAGACGGAGGAUACGGUUCCCCUGGCUGUCAAGCUGCCGCCGGACACCGCGCGGGCUGUGGAUGCCCUCUCGUCACCGGGGUCGACAACCCAGACAGCAGCCACCCCAGCAGUUCAUGAUGCCUCGACGGAUACCAGCCCUGACAACGAAGGGCCCCAUUAUGUCGAGCGUAUGGAGCCCAGGGAUGAGGCAGAGACGGAGGACAAGGCUGAAGAGGAACCGAAGACGACAGAGACGUCACCUCUGGCAGAUGCGGAUCGGAUUCCUGAUGGACCGGAGGCCCAACUUUUGCAGGAAUCCAUGGCAAUGGACACCACUCCUUCGGCACCAGUAGUUCAAACUCCGAAAAAGGCACCUACGCCCCCACCUGCGUCCACCCUCGUGGUACCAGAGCCUGAGGUGAAGGCCCCUGAACCAGUGGCUGAUAAGCCGUCAGCACCUGAGACCGUUGAGGAUGCUCUCGCCACAACGGUCGAACCGAUCACGGGACCGGCAGCCAAAGAGGUUCCGGAUAGUCAAGAACAAGUUUCGAGUGACGACCAGAUGGAUGUGGAUGAGCCAGCUUCUAACCCUGAGGAUAAGGUUUCAGUCUCAAAUGGACAAGAAGGUCGCCCCGAGCCCACACCGGCAAAAUCUGCAACCCCGCAACCACAAAACCUCGCCAAUGUCUCGCAAGAUCCUGAACGUGCUGUCACACGAACGGCGUCCGGCGCUAUGCGGCAGAAGUCGGUAUCAGAGAUCUUGGGAGAAUCGCGGCCGGAACCUGUCGACACUGCCGGCACCGAUAAUGUACCACCCAGCCAGCUUACUCCGGUUACGCUUGCUCCGCAAUCACCAACGGUCAGAUCAAAGACAUUCGCCAGCAAGAAGAAGGACAAGGCCAAGAACACGCCCUCAGCGGUCGUCUUCGGAAAGUCAACAAAACGCUCAGCCGACAAGUCUGUGGUGCCUUCACAGCAAAAACAGAGUUUUCUGCCAACGGACGAUUACUUUACGCCACUCUUCGUGCAGGGCUUCACUCAAACUAGCAAGUGGAUGAAACCGAUCGAAGUUAUUCUUAAUCAGUCUCACAAGACGGUGUCGACUCCCGAUGCUUACGUGGCAAUUCAGGACAACCAGGCAUGCCGUGUGCUGCGGCGGGUCUAUCAUCUUCAACAGCACGACAAGUGGUCUCUGCGUCAACCAAAGCGAUGUGCUGAGCCUGUACGCCCCGAGUCUCAUUGGGACGUCUUGCUUCAAGAGAUGAAGUGGAUGAGGACAGAUUUCCGGGAGGAACGCAAGUGGAAGAUGGCGGUCGCGCGUAACCUGGCGCAGGCGUGCGCUGAGUGGGUUACGUCAAGUGCAGAAGAACGCAAGGAGCUCCAGAUUCCUGCCUUCAUCCCCCCCAAGCCACAAUCAGCCGAGGCGGAGACAGACAUGUCGAUGGCAGACACCUCCAUGGACGCGGUCGACGCUCAGCCCACCCCCGAGCUGAUACCGUCCGGCGACUCGGAUUCUCCUGAGCACGUGGAUGAGUUGCGCGAGGAGGUCCUGGAGACUGUUGCACCGUCGGCGAUUUUCGCACUCGAAGACGAUGAUGUCGUGUUCGAGCUGCGAAACUCGCCGACGGCAGAUCAGCUGCUGCAGGAGCUGCCGAUGUACGGUGCACCGCUCAAGGUCCCUUCGUUCGAUUUCACCGGCCCCGAGUUCGACCCCGAUGCUCACUGGCGCCGGCCUGCACUUCCUCUAAGCAAGUAUGUUGAGGGUGAAAUGAAGCUUUCGACGGACGGACCUCCGAGAAAACGCAGCCGCUUCCAGUACGAAGAAGAGGAGGAUGACGACGACGAGAAGGUCGUGUUUGGAUCUCAGCCUGCCAAGAGGAUGAAGCUGCCGCCGCAAAACACGGACGUGGCUCUGUUCAACCCCGAUAUGAAGCCGAUUAGAGACCGUCUUCACGCCGGCCACCAGUUCCGCCCUCCUGCGGAAUAUCAGAUGCCGAUGCAAAACUUCUACGAGAGCCGCAGCCCUUCACAAUGGACUCUUUCCGAAGAUGACGAGUUGCGUGGACUUGUCCGCGAGUAUUCGUACAACUGGUCGCUCAUCUCCAGCUUGCUCACGACGAGAUCUGUGUUCGCCUCUGGUGCCGAGCGUCGAACGCCGUGGGAGUGCUUCGAGCGCUGGAUCAAUCUGGAGGGCCUGCCAACGGACAUGCAAAAGACGCAGUACUUCAAAGCAUACCAGAACAGGAUCGAUGCGGCAAACCGGGUGAUCAUGCAACAGAACCAGCUUGCGGCGCAGCAGCAGCAGCAGCAGCAGCAACAGCAGCAACAACAACAGCAGCAGCAGCAGCAGCCGCAAUCACAACAACAACCAGCUGGCGCAACCACACCGGCGACACCGAUUGCUAGGCGUAGACCGUCCACACCGCUUAGAGUGGAGCGAAGACGCAACCAGAAGCACUUGACGCUGAUUGACGCGAUGAGAAAGUUGGCCAAGAAGCGGGAGACGGCGGCUCAGAAGCAGCAGCAUGCUUCUCAGAUGGCAGCCAUGCGCAAAGCCAACGAGUCGGCCCAGCCGCGAGGACCAGUCAAGACGCCGAGGGACUACAGCUUGAUGAGGUGGGAGCGUGACCAACAACUCGCUGAGAAGGUGGCCCAGUUCCACCAGCGACAAGAAACUCAGCGAAGGAUGGCCUUACAAGCACAACGUGCCCAGCAAGGCCAAGCUGCUGCCCAGAUGGCGACCACUCCCGGCGCUGCUCAGAUGCAGGCGAACGGUGCGGCUGCCGCAGCCGUGGCCGCCGCUGCCCAGGUCAAUGGUAACUUGGCUCGCCCUAAUAUGCCGAACCAGCUUGCCGUUCCAGGCCAGGGCCGUGGCCGCAUGCCGAUGCAGGCUCCGACAGCCAACAUGGGCGGCGCACCUGCUCAGAUGGGCGGUCUUGUGCCGCCGAUGCAGAUGAACGGAGUGCCGCAGGCGCAGAUUCAAGCUGCGAUGCAAGCCCAGCAACAGCACAGGAUGCCAAUGCCAAAUCCCCAGCCGGAAGUUAAUGUCAACCUGCUGCUUCAAGCCCGUCGCAUCUCGGACCAGCAGCGUCAAGCCGUCGCCCACAUGCAGCAGGCGCAGCAGCAACAAGUCCAACAGCCUCAUCAACAACAGCAGCAGCAGGCGCAACAGCAGCAAGGUCAGCAAGCGCAACAGGGUCAACAGCAGAUGCACCAGGGCACGCCGGCUUCGCAGUCCCACUCCCCGCCGAACAUGCGCCCUGCUACCGUCAAUGGCGUUAAUGGUACCAAUGGCGUCAACGGUGUACCUCAGCAGCAUCUCCUUGCGAACGCCCAAGCAAUGAUGGCCUCCUUCAACGCCGCUAACGGCGGCGGAAUGUCCACGCCUCCCGCAGGUGGUCUCCACAUGCCCAAUGGUACUUCUGGCUCGCCUCGCCCGCAGAUGCCGCCCAAUAUCCAGUUGCAGCUCAACGCAAUCCAGGCCCAGUUUCAGGCCAAGAAUCCCAACUUGACGGAACAGCAGGCUCGCCAAGCAGCUACGGAUCACCUCACGCGGUUGAUGAUUGCCCAGCGAACGACAAUGUCGCAGAGCGCUAUGAACGCUGCCGCCGGUGGUGGAGGCGCUUCUUCCCCUGGUAUGGCUAACGGCAUAGCAGCCUCAACAAGCCCGCACCAGUAUGCUGCACUUCUCAGACAGCAGCAACAGCAACAACAAGCGGCGCAGGCUGCUGCAAAUUCCGGCCAGCCUAAUGGUCAGCAGAACGGUCAGCACCAGCCGGCACACCAGCACCAUGGCCAGCAACAACAGGCGCAACACCACCCUCAACAGCAACAACACGCUCAGCAACAAGCACACCUCCAACAGCAGCAACACGCCCAGCAUCACCAGCAGCAUGCUCAGCAACAACAUCAUGCUCAACAGCAACAUCAGGCUCAUUCCCGCGCUACAUCUCAGUCUCAUUCCACACCUCAACCUCAGCCUACACCACGACCUCAAUCCACACCACAAUCUCAACCUACGCCCACACCUCGACCUCAGUCAACUCCUCGGCCGCAGUCUACUCCUCAACCCCCGAACCAGCCUCAGCCACAACAACAGCAGACACCGCAUCAACAACACACGGCCCAGCAGUUGCAACAAGCUCAGCAGGCCCAACGUGCGCAGCAAGCGCAGCAAGCCCAACAGCGUGCCCAGGCCCAGGCACAGCAAGCUCAGCAUGCACAGCAGAACCAGCCAAGCAAGCAACCUUCGCAGCCACCGCCGACUCCGCAGACCCCGCAAGCUCAGCAGGUUAAGCCGCCGCAGCCGCCGCAACCGCCUCAGGCGUCUCAACAGGCCAAGCAGAUUCAGCAGCCACCGCAACAAACGCAGCAAACGGUUCAGCAGCCAGCCCAGCAGCCAGCCCAGCAGCCAGCUCAACAACAAGUUCAAAAGUCUGCUCAGCCGCCAGCUCAAUCACCUGCUCAGCAGCAGGCAACGAAGCAGGCAACCCCGCAAGCAACACAGCAGGUGACCCCUCAACCAACUCAGCCGGAGCGCCAAGCAAGCGGAAGCGCUACACCGUCUGCUGCGCCGUCAACAUAG